CGGAGUUGGUGAACAGCGUGAAUCAGAGUCGCUGUGGGGACUGCUGAGCUCGGCGCACAGCUGUCAGGAGGAGAGCCGCGGAACCUGCAAACUUAUGAACUGAGAAGGUGUAUCGUGUCCUUCGGUCUGCUGGCAUCAGGAUGCGGUUCACAGUCAGACUGAGUCUCUGCCUGCUGGGCUUCUUUCUCAUCUCUGUGUUCCCUCACGCAGCACAAGGCCAAGUUUCAUCACCAAGAAGGCUUCGUACCAAAGUCCUGAGCCCCACCAAGCUGCACGUGUCUUGGAAAGAACCCAAAGGACAGUUUGAAAGCUACAAAGUCAUUUACACCACACGACCAGGCGGAGAGCAGAAGGUGGUUCAGGCAUCAAAGCAGGAAGCAAAACUGGUCAUCGAGGACUUUGAUCCUUCUAAAACGUACAACUUUAAGAUCAUUGCAGUCCAUGAGGGGCAGGAGAGCAAACCUCUUCAGGGCAAACAUGAAGCUCAGCAAUCGGCUGUUGAAAUGGCUCCAUCCCAAGGGAGAAAAAACGGCAGCGUCACACAGGAGAACAAUGAGAUCUCAGAAGCUGAAGCGGGAUUUAUGUGUAAGACUCCAGCCAUAGCCGACAUCGUGAUCCUGGUAGACGGUUCCUGGAGUAUCGGGCGGAUCAACUUCAGGCUGGUCAGGACCUUCCUGGAGAACCUGGUCAAGGCGUUCUCUGUGGAGAUUGACAAGACUAGGAUUGGUCUGGCUCAGUACAGUGGAGACCCCAGGAUCGAGUGGCAUCUGAACGCUCACACCACUAAAGAGUCUGUAAUCGAUGCUGUGAAGAAUCUGCCAUAUAAAGGAGGAAACACACUGACAGGUCUGGCUCUGACCUUCAUCCUGGAGAACAGCUUCAAACCCGAGUCAGGCUCCAGACCCGGUGUUCCCAAGAUAGGAAUCCUCAUCACCGAUGGGAAGUCCCAGGAUGAUGUCAUACCCCCAGCGCAGAGCCUGAAGGAUGCUGGGAUUGAACUGUUUGCCAUUGGUGUGAAAAAUGCUGAUGAGAAUGAGCUGAAGGCGAUUGCCUCACCUCCAGAGGAAACUCACGUUUACAACGUGGCAGACUUCAGCGUGAUGAGCGACAUCGUGGAAGGUCUCACCAAGACCGUUUGUGACCGCGUGGAGCAGCUCGACAAGAAGAUCAAAGGGGGGGCGGAGCCUGCCCCGCCACCAGCCGUCGUGGCUGCCCCUCGUGACCUCGUGACCUCACAGAUAACUGCUCGUAGUUUCCGGGUGACAUGGACACACGCGUCGGGCCAGGUGGAGAAAUACCGAGUGGUGUACUACCCCGCCAGUGGGGGGCAGCCAGAAGAAAAGGUGGUCCAGGGGACCCAGAACAGUGUGGAGCUGAGCUAUCUGAACUCUCUGACAGAGUACCAGGUGGCUGUUUUUGCCGUCUAUCGCAGCGCCGCAAGUGAAGCCCUGAGAGGAAGUGCUACUACAUUGGCCCUGCCCACGGUGAACAACCUGGAGUUGUUUGAUAUUACUCACAGCACUAUGCGGGUCCGCUGGAAGGCCGUCGCUGGGGCUUCUGGGUACAUGAUCCUGUACGCCCCGCUGACUGAAGAGGACGCUUCAGAUGAGAAGGAGGUGAAGGUGGAUGACUCGGUGACUGAGGUGGAGCUGGAAGGAUUGACUCCAGCUACUGAGUACACAGUGACAGUUUACGCCAUGUACGGAGAGGAAGCCAGCGACCCCAUGACCAGCCAGCAGACCACAUUACCGCUGAUCCCAGCGAGGAACCUUCGUUUCUCUGAGGUGGAUCACAGCUCUGCCCGGAUCACAUGGGACUCCGCCUCCAAGAAGGUUAAAGGGUACCGCAUCAUGUACGUCAAAACCAAUGGAGUCCAGACCAAUGAGGUGGAUGUUGGCCGUGUGACAACCUGGCUGCUGAAAAACCUGACGUCACUGACGGAGUACACUGUUGGUGUGUUUGCCGUCUAUGAUGAAGGACAAGCUGAGGUUGUGACAGACAGCUUCACCACAAAAACUGUCCCGGACCCAGUGGACUUGAGGAGCAGUGACAUCUCCACGGACAGCUUCAGGGUGUCCUGGGCUCACCCGGCGUCUGAUGUGGUGCUCUAUCGACUCACCUGGACACCCACCGAUGGAGAAGAGAGCAAUGAGGUUUUGGUGAAUGGGAAUAUCAACACCUACCUGAUAAAGGAACUCACCCCCUCGACAGAGUACGAAGUCCUCCUGGCCGCCAUUUACGGGAAUGAGCUGGAGAGUGAUGAGGUGAUCCUCGUGGAGUCCACCGUUGAAAAAACAACCACCAUUGCCACGACAACCACCACCGUAGCAGCUCCUCGAUACGGGGUGAGAAGUAUGAAGAUCGAUGAAGAAACUACGUUCAGCAUGCGGGUGUCCUGGCAGCCCGUCGACCCCAGAAAUGUUCGACAUUAUCGACUGAGCUACAUCAGCGCGAGGGGAGACCGAGCAGCAGAGACGAGAACAGUGCCCACUGGUCAGAACAGCCUGGUUCUGCAGCCUCUGCUGUCAGACACAGAGUACAAAGUCUCCAUCACUCCUGUUUACCCCGAGGGAGACGGACCGGCAGCCGCCGAGACGGGACGGACGCUUCCUCUCUUAGCUCCCAGGAACCUGCGCGUCUCAGAGGAAUGGUACAAUCGCUUCAAGAUCAGCUGGGAUGUUCCACCGUCGCCCACAAUGGGGUACAGGGUCAUCUACCAGCCUCUAACUGCCCCUGGACAAGCUCUGGAAACCUUUGUGGGGGAGGAUGUGAACACCAUGCUGAUCGUUAACCUGCUGAGUGGUACCGAGUACAGUGUCAAGGUCAUCGCCUCCUACUCCACUGGAUCCAGCGAAGCCCUGACAGGAAGGGCCAAGACCUUGUACCUGGGCGUGACUAACCUGAGUACCUAUCAGGUGAGAACGAAUGGGCUGUGUGCCCAGUGGCAGCCUCACCGACAUGCCAGCGCCUACAGAGUGGCCCUGGAGUCGAUGGUUGGCAGUCAGAAGCAGGAGACGAGACUGAGUGGAGGAGCGAGCAGGCACUGUUUCAACAACCUGAAGCCCAACAUGCAGUAUAAGAUCAGCAUCUAUGCUCAGCUGCAGGACGCGACCGAAGGGCCCGCGGUCACCACUACUGAGAAGACACUACCCGUCCCGACCCCACCACCCACCAAGCCCCCGACCACCACGCCUCCACCCACAAUCCCUGCUGCCAAGGAAGUCUGUAAAGCUGCCAAAGCAGACUUGGUCUUCCUGGUUGACGGUUCCUGGAGUAUCGGAGAUGAAAACUUCCUGAAGAUCAUCCGUUUCCUGUAUAGCACCAGUGGAGCUCUGGACCGGAUCGGGCCGGAAGGCACACAGGUGGCUAUUGCCCAGUUCAGUGACGAUGCCCGGACAGAGUUUAAGCUGAACUCCUACAGUGACAAGGAGGGUCUGCUGGACGCCAUCAACAAGAUCUCCUACAAGGGAGGAAACACUAAGACAGGUCGAGCCAUCCAGCACGUGAAGAAAAACAUCUUCACAGAAGAGGCGGGAGCGAGGAGAGGAAUCCCCAAAGUCCUCGUGGUGCUCACUGACGGUCGAUCUCAGGAUGACGUCAACAAAGUCUCCAAAGAGAUGCAGAUGGAAGGUUACAUCGUGUUUGCCAUUGGCUUCGCUGAUGCUGACUACGGGGAGCUGGUGAGCAUCGCCAGUAAACCCAGUGACAGGCACGUGUUCUUUGUGGAUGACCUGGACGCCUUCAAGAAGAUUGAAGAGAAGCUGGUGACCUUUGUGUGUGAAGCUGCUACUGCCACGUGUCCGGCUGUACCGAUGAGUGGCAGCACGAUGCCAGGCUUUCGCAUGAUGGAGCUGUUCGGGCUCGUGGAGAAUCGAUACAGCAGCAUGUCUGGCGUUUCCAUGGUACCCGGCACCUUUAACACGUUCCCCUGUUUCCACCUGCACAGCGACGCGCUGCUGGCACAGCCAACCAGGUACAUCCAUCCUGAGGGGCUGCCUUCUGACUACACCAUCACCCUGCUGUUCAGGCUGCUGGCCGACACUCCCGAGGAGCCUUUUGCGCUCUGGGAGAUCCUCAACAAGAACAACGAACCUCUAGUGGGAGUCAUCCUGGACAAUGGUGGAAAAACGCUGACGUUUUUUAACAAUGACUUUAAAGGAGAGUUUCAGACAGUCACCUUCGAAGGGCCGGAAAUAAAGAAACUCUUCUUUGGAAACUUCCACAAGCUUCACCUCGCCAUCAGUAAGACGAGCGCCAAAGUGUUCGUUGACUGCAAAAUGGUGUCUGAGAAGACCGUCAACGCAGCAGGAAACAUCAGCACUGAUGGGCUGGAGGUUCUUGGUAGGAUGGUCCGUUCCCGAGGGAACAAGGACAACUCUGCACCGUUUCAGCUCCAGAACUUUGAUAUCGUCUGCAGCACCUCGUGGGCCAACAGAGACAAGUGCUGUGAACUUCCCAGUCUGAGGAAGGAGGUAGACUGCCCGGCCUUGCCUAAAGCCUGCACCUGCACCCAGGACAGCAAAGGCCCCCCAGGCCCUGCUGGACCACCAGGAGGCCCAGGAAUCAGAGGAGCCAGAGGAGAACGUGGAGAGCCAGGCCCUGUGGGACCAACUGGUCCUGUUGGAGAUACGGGUCUUCCAGGACCUCAGGGACCCCCAGGACGGCAAGGACCCAGUGGACGCUCCAUUAUCGGACCCCCGGGCAGUCCUGGAGAGAGAGGUCAGAAAGGUGAUGUGGGACAACAAGGAACUCAGGGGGUUCCUGGAAGACCCGGAGGUCCAGGGAGGGAAGGACCUCCAGGACCCAGAGGACUGCCAGGCAAAGAUGGCCCCCCAGGCACACAGGGCCCCCCAGGAACCAUCGGAACUCCAGGAGCUCCAGGAUCCCCAGGAAGUACAGGCCCUCCAGGAAAGCAGGGAGAGCUGGGCCCACCGGGACCUCCUGGAACUAAGGGAGAGAAAGGUGAACGGGGAGAUCUCCAGUCGACAGCAUCAGUUCAGGCCAUUGCCAGACAGGUCUGUGAGCAGCUGAUCCAAAGCCACAUGGCGCGCUACAACAGCAUCCUGAACCACGUGCCGAGUCCUCCGGUGUCAGUCCGCACAGUUCCCGGACCACCAGGAGAGCCUGGUCGAGAAGGACCCCCGGGACCACAGGGAGAACAGGGACCCUCAGGCAGACCAGGCUUCCCAGGACAAAAUGGACAGAAUGGGCAACCAGGAGAAAGAGGACAACCAGGAGAGAAGGGUGAUAAGGGAUCUCCAGGUGUUGGUGUUCAAGGACCCAGAGGACCUCCAGGACCACCUGGUCCCCAGGGACAGGGCAGACCAGGUAGCUCUGGACCCUCAGGACGACCUGGAAAUCCCGGAGUACCCGGUCGGCCCGGAGCCCCCGGUCCCAUCGGCCCCCAGGGGCCUCCGGGUUACUGUGAUCAGAACUCCUGUGUGGGCUACAAUGUUGGAGAAGGCGAGGAUGUCACUGACGGCGGCGCUGUCCCCGCAGUCCAACUACCACCCAGCGUCUUCCAGAACUACGGCGAGGUCGAGGAAGACGAUCCGUACCGCUACUACCAGCCCAACUACCCGGCCCCUCGACCAGUGGCGCCCGAUGAUCCCGCACUGGCCCUGGGUGACAUUGAGCUGAGAUCUCCUGGUGUCUACCGCACCUCUCGGAGUGUGAAGGAGGAGGAAGAGAAAGUCGGGUCGAAGAGACGACUAAAGAGAGGCGCUGCGUGGACUAACUGAGAGGAGUUGAUUCUGAUUGGGCGGCUCGGAGCUGCUAUGGACUAAUCAACAAGUGCCUGAUGUAAAGGAUUUCUUAUGGACAUUGUAGAGGGACGGGAAGGGAUACCAGUCGGGACUAUUGUAACUCAUCUAUGCUACAUUAAGAAAACUGUUUCAAAACAAUUUACAUUUUGUUUGUUUUUCAUUUGUCAACAAUAUUGUUUGGAAAUCGUCGGAUCUUAAAGAGGGUUCAUGUUUCACAGGUGAACUGUUCUCACAGACUGUAUAACAAAGGUUCAUGUAGCCACCAAUGAUGUUCCCCGCUGGUUUCUAACGUUUCAUUUUGAAUCCUGUUUGGUUUCCUGAUACUGUUUAAAGAAGCAAUGGUUCAGUCUGAGAAACCAAUGGAAAUGGUCAAAGGGUCGUGACCUCUCAGUUCAUAGACAGCAACACAUUAAAGUACAGUACCGUGUCAAAACUGGGCAAAAAUACAGCCGUCCAUUAUUUUUAACUGCUUCAAUAAGGAUCAUGGGGAGGAACAGAGUCUUUGCUAGUUAACACACAGUGAGUGGUCUAUCACAGGGCUGUCGGCUGUUUGCUUCAACCAGUGGAAUAUUUAAUUAUAUCCACAAGAAGGGAAACCAAGAUAACAAGAGACAACAAGAGACAAGAGACAUAACCACUUGUAUAGAUCCACAUGUAGAUAUGACAAAAAAGGUUAAGUUGUAAAAUGAACAUUAGGAACACUGAUGAACUUCUCAUUAUUCAGUCAUUAACAGUUAUGGUUUAACAUGUACUGACCAAGAUGUAAACGAUCUAAAUGGGCCUCAGAAUGUAAAUCUCUUUGAAGCAGAGUUUGAUAGAGAAUCUCUGCAGUCAUCAGCACACAGCUGCUGGAUUAUCCCAGGCUUAACUUCACUGCUUUGAAUUAAACACAUCAAGAAAUCUACGACUCCAGAUACUCCAUCUACCUUAAUAUCUGCAACAUUAAAUUCUGUUAUUUACAAAGUAAACACAGCUUGAAACAGAUUGUUGAACAAUAUAAAUAAAAACCUGAUAAAUAUCUAAAUGUACCACUGCUUACCUUCAGUCCCUCUGAUGAUAAAUGGUCCCUCAGCUUUACUGAUUACAGUUUGCUAAAUCAUACACUGCUCGCUCCCUCAGUCCUCAGAACAGCAGCUGAACUGCUCUGAACUCUGCAUCUACACACAGAUGAUCUAAACAAACGGAGCCUUAAAUCACGUCCCACUUUAUCAUUUUUAUUCUUUGUUGGUCAGUUGAAUAAAAAAAAUCCAGUGGUUUUAAAUAAGACUGAAAACGACUGAUUUUGACCCUAAAAGUUUAAACUUGAACUGUUUACUGAGGUCACAGAUCGACUGAGUGUGGCAGUUUCCCCACAGACGUCUGUUUGUCAAACGCUGCCACCUUCUGGUCAUCAGAGAGAAUUUAGGGUUCAAGGCUAAUCAGACGUAGAAGCUACAUCCUUCUUUUAUAUACAGUCUGUAACUGUCCCUGUGGUCGUCUUAAUCAGAGACUCGUCUGUCAUUUAUAUUUUUAACCUGCUUGGUUAAGUGCCUCCAAACGGUCCAGCAACAACUUAUUUUCAAACUGUCUCCUUCAUUAUUAUUUCUUUAAAGCCUGUUAGUCUUAAAAGAUUUUAUUUUACUCUGUUGCUUCUCUGACAGAAAAAAUAAAAUAAAAAUAUCUAAAAGGUUUUGAUUUAAAUUGCAAAGUAUUUGAUGAAAAUGAUGUAAUCUGUUAGUGUGUUGGUCCUGUCCUGCAUCAGUCUGAUUAUUACCUCCAGUGUCUUUGUUUUAAAGCCUCUCAAACUUUGCCACCAGUUUCCAACUUCAGAACUAAUAUUUAUGUAAAGUUUUGCAUGUUUUUGUUUAUUUCAGUUACCAUGCAGUGUAUCAUUUUCUAAUCAUAGAGCCAUACAAACAUUUUAUUGUUACAUAUUCAUAUUAUUUUGUAGUGUUUGAGUGCAGGUAUUGUCACAGUAUUAAGCUCAAACUGGUCUCUGUGUUUGGGGAGGCUGAUGAAAAUAUAAGUUGUAAAAACCGAGAUUAUUUCUGUGUAAAUGUAUUUUGGUUCAGUCUGUCAACCCACAGUUUUACUCAGAGAAGCAAAUUUAACAAACUUUAGUUGAAAAAAAGUUAUUUUUCACAACGCUCUCUGUUUCUUACUUGGUGUUUUUAUUUAGUUAUCACUUCAUUUCUUUUCUUGUCUUUAUAUUCAGACUUUAAUCCCUUUGGUCUCAUUGUCUGAAAAAAAUCCCAGUUAUGUGGAGGACUGUGCUUUUAUUCAACCUUGUGUUUGAUGUGAGUUUGGCCAGAAUUUGAACUUUGAACUUUCCUUCUUAGUGUUUUUGAAGCCUUCAGGUCUGUGAGGAGAGCAGUUCCCUCUACACCUCUGACCAGAAUGUUUAAAAAAAUAAAAUCAAGGAAUUAAUUUAUUUUUUACUGGUAUUGAUUUCUGAGAACAAUAAAAC